AUGGCGUCAUCCGCCGCGGCGAUCACCCCUCCACCGCCGGAGACAUUGAAUGCCGAUGCGGACGAUGGAGACGAGGAUGUCGAGUACGAGGAGAUUGAGGAGGAAAUCGAGGUAGAAGAAGAAAUCGAAGUGGAGGAAGAGAUCGAAGUCGAGGAAGAGGUUGAUGAAGAAGAAGUGGAGGCUAAAGAUGCGGAGGAGGACGGAGAAGAUGAAUUCGGCGAGGACUUAACUCCAUUACGCGAAGGGGAUCAAGUAAUUGACAUGGAUCUUGAGGAUGAUGAAGAAUACAUACAAUCAGGUCCUGUGAUUCAAGGAAUGUCUCUUUUAAACCCACUUAUUGAUAUCCCCACGGCACAGAAAGAUGUUGGCCAUGUGAAAAUUUCCAAGUCAAGUGAGAAAGACGAAUUACACGUCAAUGGAGAAAGAACAUCUAGGGAUGAUGAUACAAAAGCUCCUUUAGUGGGAGAGUUUAAUGCUGGCUUUAUCUCAGCUGAUGCUUCUAGACAGAAGGAGAAUAUUAUUAUGUCUGUUGCUGGCGAAACAAAUGACACUGAGACAGAAACUCUGGCCCACAUAACACAGAUGCCACCAAGGUUGCAUGUUCCCCAGGUAAGGUUCAGGGAACCUUCCUCGAUCGCUGAAUUUGACAGAGAAAACAAAAAAAUGAGGAUCAUGUGUGAAUUUCAUGCCAAAGGAUGGUGCAUCAAAGGAAAUUCAUGUAGGUUCCUUCACACAAAGGAUGGAUUAGAUGAUUGGAAGAAAAAUGCUGGAUUGGAGAGACAAGCUUCUUCAAAUGUAUGUGUUCUGCCACAGCCGAGUGAGAAGAACCUUGAAAUAAAUUAUGAUUCUGAGAAGUUGUUUCUCCACGAGAAUGAUGCUUUAGGAGACACUCCUUUAGAGGAUGGUAGAGGGAGUUUUGGACUCAACUUAUACUUGAAUAGCUACACCUACCCGCCCGUUCCUUUGGCCAAAGACAGGUUAAUUGAUAGGAAUGUGAUGUAUACUGGGCAUUUCUCCAGUUCUGCCACAUCCAAUGAUAAUCAUCAUCUAACUAGAACUUCUGCUUUUGGAACAACGGUAGAGGAAAUGAAUAGUAAAAAGAGGGACCUAAGGUCCUCCGAUUUACUUUAUUCUCACUCUAGGCAGCCGUUAUCUCUUGGUUCGUCCUCUUGGAACAAUGUUGCCCUGGGAACCGACAAUCUUUUAAAGAGUGGCAUUGAGCGUCAUGCUUCUGUAUCCUCUUCCUUACAAAGAGACAUUUCAGCAGUUCCUUGUUCUGAGUCGGAAAAGUUGUUACGUAAUCAUAAAUUUGGGGGCGUAAAUCCAGACAAAUCCAACACUAAGUCAUCCUCUGGUGAUUGGGAGCCAUCUGCCCCUUUUCGUCCGUCACAUGCUGUAACUCGAAAUCUGUUGAUGAAAGCAAAUCUGUAUGACCCCAUAUGGGAUAGCAUUGACCAAACAGAUGUUAAAGAUGGACGGGUGAAGCUUUCACAUUCUGACCAAGGUUCAUCUGUCAAGAAUUUAAUUGUGCAUUCACCUGAGGAGAGGCCUUUGGAUUCAGUUCACGUUGGCGAUAAUGUGAAAGAUAAUAAAAUGAGCUCCAGUAGUGAUAAUAAACUGAAAGUUGACGAGAAAAGGCACAAGACGGUAGUUAAAAUUGAUGGAUCUAGCAAAAACGUGGAGACUGUUGUUGAUUUUAAGAGAGAUGGUCAUGUGCAAACUGAAUCAAAGGCUGCUUUGAAAAGUUUCCAGUCGGAACUUAUAGAAGUCGUGAAGGAAUUGAUUAGACCGACUUGGAAUGAAGGCUUGUUGAGCAGGGAUGCUCAUAAACUAAUAGUUAGAAAGACGGUUGACAAGGUUAUCUGCUCAUUCCAACCCCACCAGAUUCCAGGCACGGGUGAAACAAUUAAGUUGUAUCUUUCUUCGUCUCGGCCCAAACUUGCAAAGCUAGUUCAGGCUUACAUCGACAAGUAUGGAAAAACCUGA